AUGGCUCGUAAAUUUCGGCAUAGAGUAAAUGCAAAGGCCAUACGACGCAUUCCAAAGGGAAUGAGUAGCGAAAGCAAUCCGACUUCAAAACGUCACAGGGCUGCAGCCUAUGCGGCUCGUUUGGCUAACACAGCGCCAAUGGUACCUGUUGAUGAAAUGCCGGAAGUUGGUGGGGACCAGGACGUAGUACUUAAGCAGUUACCAUUGCAUUCAAUGCAUAUCGGUGACUAUGAGGAAGUCAAAGAAAAAUCCCACUUUUCAUUAGCGAGAAGUAUGGCAUCAGAAGGCGGUUUGAGUAAAUUGACUACUUUUACCAACUGUACAAACCCUACUUUUGAUAACGUGCAUCGCAAAUGGAGAUCUGGAUCAACAUUACAAGCGGACGUUGUUGCUGUGCUGGCUGCUGUUACAGAAAUCAUUAAGGAGGAAGAUGGAGAGGAAACCGAUAUCGAAUACUUUUCCGCCCUUUUAACAGCAUUAGAUGCUGCUCCUCCUGACCAAGUUACUCGCCUUGCCGCAACUGCGUUUCUUCUGAAGCUGGUUGUAAGGAAAGUUUCAAAAGAGGUCUUACAAAAGUACUUUGGAAGAACACUACAGGUCAUAUAUUCAAAGCUGUGCGAGCAGUCACACUCUGAGGAUGCAGCAGUUUUAAAAAAUCUCCUAAGUGUUCUUGGCACUGUUCUCAGAUCUCAACCACCAUCGGUAUGGCAGCAGAGCAGCACAAAGAGUGUGUUGGUUAAUGUUGCUACAUUUUCCGUUCACGAAAAGGCGUGGGUUCGUACCAUGUCUAGAAGAGUCUUAAGGGCUAUUCUUACCGAUCCUGUAUCGUCUCAUGAGAAUGGUAUUCACCCUGCGGCAGGCCCUGUAGGUGAAUUUGCCAUUACGCAGUUGCAUAAAUGCGCAGGGAAUGCUGUUGACCCUACUGUUCCUACUCGAAUAUUGUGCAUGGUUGAAGGGGUAAUGCAUAAGUUGCCAGGGAAUACUUUCAAGCAGUUGGCUGAAACAAUUUUGCUUUUUUUAAGUGGAAAUAAUCCACAGUUGAAGUGCUCUGCGUGCCAGUGUCUUUAUCGCAUGUUACAGCAUCAGCCGUCUGACACUGUUCUGCCUGUUGAAGUUAAUGCGCAGUUAAUUCUUGCGCUAAGGGACUGCGCGCCUUAUUCCGGAGAUAUUGCAGUUACAGCGUAUUGGAUACAGGCUUUGGGUGAAGCUCAUGUCUGCCUUACCGCAAAAGAUUCUUUAAAGUGUGUUCAGUUGUUGCCAAAGACAUUGGAAAUGUUGAUAGCUUUGUUUAACGUCGGCAAUCACGGACUCGCAGAGGUUCUCUAUGGUGUCCUGAAACGUAUUGUGGAAAGAUGUGUGCAGUCGCACAGCGCCACGGCAACCUUGUGUAUCAGCCUUCUCGAUAAAGCUUUAAACCUUCAAAGUGCAACUGUAUGGAGAUAUAUAUUGCGUGCGGACAGUGUGGUAUUUCAAGAAUGCGGUAAAGUUAUUGAAAGAUCAGUUUUGGACAAUGUCUUGGAGUCAAUGGCGAAGUUUCGGGAAAGGGAUGAUCAUUCUUGCAAGGGCGAUUUAGAUUUGGCAAUUGGGGCUGCUGUGCGUUACAUCGGGGUAGACUCUGUGUUGCGCGCUUUACCCCUGAAUAUUGAGCCUGAUGUUAUAACAACAGUGGUUGAUUUUAAAAAAUCUUGGCUAAUCCCAGUACUUCGAGUGAAUAUUUGCAACGCGCCUCUUUCAAUUUUUUUGCGUUUCUUUCUCCCAUUGGCUGUGAAACUUUUCAAGAAAGCUGCGACUUUGGACUCUUUUUCGACAAAAAUUUAUUCUACAGUGCAGAAACAGUUGUGGGAGCUUCUGCCUAGCUUUUUAAACUCUUCGACUGAUUUUGAAAAAUCUUUUCCCGAGCUGGCACCAAUACUGGGUGCAGCCCUAUCUGAGCGGCCAGAUUUGCGUUUGGUAAUUUUGUCAUCUUUGAGAAGUGCACUCCGUUUCGCUUUGCAGCCUGAUGCUCCUCAAACACGAGUGGAAUUGAUGCAGCGUUUUGCUAAGAACUACCUACCUAUUUUAUUCAAUUUGUAUACUUCCGUUGAUUCUAUGACGCCCGAAGAGCUGAGUAGUUGGAAAGAUUUUAGUGGAGCCGUUUUAGAAACUGUUCGAAUUUACAUAGAGUUGACUCCAGAUGACUUAAUCACUAGAUACGCUAAUUCUGCUAUUGAGAAAGCGCAGAAGGAUAACAGUCCUGUUUUAAAGAAGGUGUGUGUACUUGAUUUACUUGCUGCGUUAGUAAGGUCAGCGAAUGUCGCUACGGUGCAUUGUAUUUUUACUGCUGUACAUUGUUGGUUUAAAUCUGAGGAGCAACAGCUACAGAAGAAGGCAUUUCGUAUACUUGAAGAAAUUUUCAAGCGUUAUGAUGAUCCUGCUCUGAAGGAGUUUUUUGCGGAGUUUGAAGAAGAAAUUGAUAACAUUAUUGAACAGGAUUUGAAUUCUGUCGCUCAAAGCGCUCGUGGUGCAUAUUUGGCUGUCAUUUUGACUAAAAUCUCACAUAUUGAAAAAUUGGAUUUGUUGAAGUCGUUUUGUAACCUUGUCCUUCCUCGGGUUGUAAUGUGUAUGGAUAAAUCUCACAGUAUUCGUACUCGCUCUGUCAGUGUACAGUGCUUGGUGGAAAUGUGUCGCCGCCUCAUACUACUUGGAGCUGAACAUGAGCAAGGGCCUUCUGUUGUCUUGUUUCCCAUAUUCGAUACGGUUUAUGGUAUGUGUACACCGAAAUCUGGGGAAACCUCAGGAGUUAUUCCAAUAGAGGUUGCUCGGUCAGCUAUGGUGGCCUUAAACGUACUGGCUCAGAAGUAUAUCCGUGUCUUGGAUGCAUCAAGUAUAAGCAGAGUAAUUGCUCAUGGUUGUAGUUGGAUUUCGGAAGAAAGAGCACCUGUACGAGUUUUAGUUAUUCGUUUGCUGCGAGUUCUUACUCAGAAACUUCCUGACUAUACGGUUGAGCAAUAUAAAGACUUACUUAUCUCUGCGGUCUUCGACGAGCAAUCAAGCCCUGAUGUAACGCAAAAAGUUCGCAAAGCCAACAGACUUUUGCUUGAAGCAUUGGUUGAUCGUAUCGGUGGAGAAAUACUUGCCAAGAAGACUGAUAAACCUUGUUGGCUAAAGCAGUUGAAAGCCAUUGAGAAGCUGAAACGCCGGAAGCAAAAUCGAAUCGCUGCUGGUAGUACAGCGUCGCACGGUGGUGAAUUACUGGAGGCGGAUGGUAGUGAAGUACCUUCAGCUUCGACAACAAGUGCUCGUACUGCUGCAGCAGAUACAGUGCUGGAUAUGCUUGAGGACAGCGAUAAAGAAAAUUCUGGCAGUGAUGUUAGUUCUGUGGACGGUAAUGAGGUUCAGUCUAGAACUGGACGUACAAAAGCGAACUCUAUAUGGUUGAAAGUUGACGAUGAAGAAGAAAUGAUUGAUUUAUUGGAUAAAAACACUGUUAUCCAGCACGUGGUCACAACAAACCCGUUUAUUUCAAGGAAGAUUUCAAGUAGGACUGAACCGACAAAGAAAGAGCCUUUUACACUAACUAAAGACGGUCGUCUAGUAAUAAACGACAUUGACGAACUUUCGAAUCGGGGAAAGAAAAGACGAAGAGAUGAAGACCCACUUGGUUCAAAUGACAAUUUAAGUGCAGAUAAGAAGCAUAAAACGCAUGAUAUUAAUAAAGAUGACGAAAGCGAAGACGAUCUGGGAGAGAGCGACGAUGAGGCGUUUGUCAAGUCAGAAGUUCGCAAGUAUAAGCCAGGUGGUAAGGGAAUUCAUCGAGACACGAAUGUAGGUGUAGUAAGUGGUAGCCGCAGAACUGCUAAGACGAGGAAAGCGAGAGGAGACGUCAGGAAGAAGGGCGCUAAGUUUGAACCGUACGUCUAUUUGCCGCUCAGACGAAAGAAGGGGCAGAAGAAGAAUAAUUUGAGGACUAUUGUGAAACAUGGAGAAAGUGAAGCUAAUGUUUCCGCUCGUCCUACGUGGUGA